ACUAACUACAUGAUUACUUUCAAAAUAGAAGGGUCCCAUAUAUAUCUUAUAUUCCAGUAUCCAUAUAACAUAAGCGUGCAACACUGGCUGGACUCUCCGCGUCUUACCGCCAACUGCAUUCGCUCAAGUUUAUGCUGCGGGAUAAACACCUUGGUUUCAAAACGUUAUUAAGACUGUUAUACACUGUUACUAUGAGCAUUAACUGGACGCCUGCUCUUUUACGAGAGAUUCUCGAAAAGACUCGCAAUGAUACUUCUCUUGGUCUCUUGACUAAAAAAUUUGUCGAGAUUUUACGUCGAGAUCCCAAUCGAGCGAUUGACCUAAAUCACGCAGCUGAUGAACUAUCUGUCCAAAAAAGACGAAUCUACGAUAUCACAAACAUCUUAGAAGGGAUUGGCCUAGUUGAAAAGACUGCGAGAAAUCACAUCAAAUGGAGCGGAGUGUGUAGAGAAGGCAAUAAACUCACAACCAAUCGGCAGCACUUGAUGCGCCUUCGAGCAGAGAUUGCAAAGCUGCAGUCCAAGGAAAAUACUCUUAAGCAACAUAUAGAAGAUUGUCGUGCACAGAUGAAGUUGAUUACUAGGAAUCCAGACACUGCUAAGCAUGCGUAUGUGACCCUAGAUGACAUCGAAGCCAUUGAAAGUUUUCACGGGGAUUCUAUAAUCAUUAUUCAGGCAUCUCCAGGAACCACGCUUGAGGUACCCUACCCAAAAGAGCAAAAAAUUCAACUGUAUCUUAAAGGGGCGCAACAGCCGCCCCAAGUCAAAUGGAUCUACCGUAACCAAGACAACGAUACAAUUAACACCAGGGAGCUUCAAAGUGAUAUUUACAGUGGUAUCUAUAGAUACGACCCGAAUGACCCAAUCAGCGCUGAGGAUCGGUUUCAACAGGAAAUGGACAUAGACGAUACGUGGGGAACCUCAAUGCUUGCACGCAUUGCCGAUGGUAUCCCUGUGGAUAAACAAGGUUUUACUUUUGAUGAGCAUAUGUUGCUUCAAGAGUCUCCCAUGCAUGUCGACAGCUACAGCACUUUUUUUCAGCCAACUACAGGCCCACAAAGGUCACAUGAUCAGCAGUCAAUAGAAAUGCGUUACUUGGAGCAGUUAGCAAGUCUUAAGCAGAAGAUCUCACUUGAAGAACUAGCUUUUGAUUUGAUGGUGAACCAAUCCGAACCGGCAUUCGUCCAAGAUAAAAGUAACGGGAUUUCAGUCAGCGACAUCUUGAAUGAUGCCCAGCAAGGGGAAAGUCUUUCAAUGUAUCUGCUGCAAUCGAUGUUUUCGCCUUCUUCGAUGCAACCAGACCAACCACAAGUAGUGAACACAUCCAAUAAUCCAAACGUUCCCAUCGCACCAGUAAAUUUCCAAGACACCCCGCAGACUCCAUCACAUAGUCCCCAUGAUGCAUCUCUCGAUGACAUCGAUGACGUCUCUUUGAGUCCCCUCUCGCCAGUCAUGAGCGACGACAUGUAUUACUUUGCUAUGAGAGAAAGCGAAGAUCUUAACGAUUUUUUCUAAUAUAUAGAUGCUCCAUUUGAACCUUCAUUUGUCUUUUACACGUUAGUGUAUUGAUACACGUCAUAACCUAAAGCUGAAGCAGUGCGUCACUGAAGUACUUCCAUUGGAAGAGCCUAUAUGUUUAGGACCAAGAGAAUAUGAACUAAGAGAAGGAAUCCUACCUAUAUAGCCUUGUAACCAUCAUGUGCACAGUUUGAUGCUAUUUUUAGCUUGGAGA